AUGGACUUAAGUGCUAUUAAGAGGUUGUUGCAAUCCAGAAGACCAAAUGAUGAGUACAUUGCUGGGGUACAGGGUUUUCUUAAGUUUACCUACAAUGGGAAAAAGUCCGAUGCAAGGAUUCAAUGCCCCUGUGUCAAAUGUGUCAAUUGGCAGUUACAAAUGCAAGAAAUAGUGUAUGAGCACUUAGUGUGUGAUGGAAUGCUGUGUGGAUACACUAUAUGGGGCUGUCAUGGGGAAACAACAUCUUAUAUCUCUGCUAACAAAGAUUCAGAGUCACCGUGUCCAAGUUUAAACACUAAUAUGCGCCAAGUAGUCCAAGAAGCCUUUGGAUAUAUAGAUGAUGAACAUCACACAAAUGGACCUCACGCAUCAGGUUUAUCUGAAGAUCGACCAGAUGCGGAAACACCAGAUUUCUUUUAUUUGCUUAGGGCUACUGAUGAACCUUUAUGGGAAGGAUGUGAGCUAUCAAAACUUUCUUUCCUAGUCCUAUUGUUUCAUGUGAAGUCGACCAACAAGUGGAGCAAUAAAUCAAUUAAUGAUCUACUUCAAAUUUUACAGCUAGCUCUCCCAAAUGGUUCAAAUAUACCUAGAACAUUUGUGGAGGCUCGGAAGACCAUUGCGAAGCUUGGUCUUAGAUAUGAGAAGAUUCAUGUGUGCCCAAAUAAUUGUCAGCUCUAUCAGAAAGACAAGAAAUAUGAUGACUUCUGUUCAAAAUGUGGAGCUUCAAGAUGGAAAAAUAAGCCAGAUAAAACAUCAUUAACAAACAAGGAAAGAAGAAAGGCAACCCCACAUAAGGUAUUGCGUUACUUUCCAAUCAAACCUAGACAUAAAAGGCUUUUCAUGAACAAGGAAACAGCCAAGUUAACUAGAUGGCAUGAUGAGGAGCCUACAAAGGAUGGUGCUUUGUGCCAUCCUGCUGAUUCAGAGGUUUGGAAAAUCACUGAUUCCCAGCACCCUCAUAUUUCAUCAGAUUCUCAAAACAUGAGGUUUGGAAUAGCAACAGAUGGUUUUAACCCAUAUGGGAAGUGUAAUUCUACCCAUAGUUGUUGGCCAGAUGUAUUAGUACCAUACAACCUUCCACCAUGGUUAUGCAUGAAAGUUUCUUCUCUUAUGCUCACUCUAAUAAUUCUUGGUUACCCUGGAAAGGACUUCCAUACAUUUAUGCAGCCAGUUUAUGAUGAGCUAAAUGAGUUGUUUGACACUAGUAUGUCUACAUAUGAUGCAUCUCGAGAUGAGAGAUUUCAACUUUACGCUACAAUAUUGCAUACUGUGAGUGACUACCCUGGGACAGGGAUACUGGUACAGUACAGUGUUAUGGGACAGUUGGGUUGUGUGUCCUAUGAAGAUGAAACAAGUUCAAUACGCUUGAAGCAUGGCCUCAAGCAAUGUUUCAUGGGACACCGACGAUUUCUACCCACGGGCCAUUAG